AUGAGCAACGAGGGCCCGCGAUCGCCUGAAGUUGAUGAUAUCUAUUCUGACAUGUACUCCGCCUUUUCGCAGAUGACUUCGAGCACGCGUAACGACAUUGAUAGCCAACCGUACCCUAUUACGCUUAAAACCAUCGGAAUUUACGUUGGAUCGACCAUCGGAGGUCUGCUUUUCGGGUACGAUACAGGAGUGAUACCCGGAGUACUUUUGACAUUGACACCGGAAGAUUUGGGCCGUAAAACGUUGGAAGACUUUCAACGGGAGCUUGUGACGGGAGUCACAAGUUUAGGAUCUUUGGCAGGCUCAAUAAUCGCUUUCAAGAUCGUUGAUCGGCAGGGUCGCAAGAAAACUUUGCUUAUAUGCAGCAUGGUGUUUAUGGCUUCAGGUCUUAUCAUGGCUUUAGCUAACAGUCUUGCGGCUCUGGUCGUGGGGCGCCUCAUCGUCGGUGUCGCAAUAGGAAUCGCAGCGCAGUGUGUUCCUGUUUAUCUGGCCGAAAUCUCUCCCGAGCGAAUAAGAGGAGGCGUUAUCACGCUGAAUACAAUGGCUAUCACCGGCGGUCAAUUACUGGCAUACUUGGUCUCGUUCGGAGUUCUUUCUUUUCGCCAGUCGUGGAGGAUUCUUUUCGCAUUGGGCAUCAUUCCGGCAUUUUUAUUCAUUUUACUCCUUGAUUGCAUACCCGAAUCCCCCAGAUGGCUCAUUCUUAACAACAAGCUAGCAGAUGCGCGCGAGGCGCUUCGAUUGAUAUACCCUUUAGCCAACCACCAUGAUAUUGACAAGAAGCUAGCUAAAAUGAUUCAUGACCUUACGAAACUGAGAUUCUACCAAGACGAAACGCAACCUUUGCUUGCCACCGAAGAUCCACUAUUUCGAAGGUCCAGCUGGAUUUCGUUCAGAAGAGCUCUAUCUUUGAGAAAUAUGAGAAUACUUUUCACACCUCGAGAUCCUUUAAAAUGCAAAGUGCAUCAUAAGAUGGAACCCAGAACAUACAGAGCUUUAUUUGUGGGCUGCGUCUUGAUGUUUUUCCAGCAAGCCUCCGGCUUCAACGCUUUCAUGUACUAUUCAGCUGUGAUUUUUCAGAGGAUAGGAGUUGACGCACCUUUUGCUCCAGCAAUGGCUGUGGCUUUGACAAAUUUCCUUUUCACUGGUAUCUCCUUCAAGUUCGUAGAUAAGAUUGGCAGACGGAAACUCCUUUUGAUUACGAUACCCGUUACAACAGCUGGGCUUGUCAUGAAUAGCUAUGCUUUCGAAAGUAACUCGGUAUCGCUCAUUAUCGUUUCAACUGCAAUCUUUGUUGCUGGAUAUGCUACGGGCAUUGGAACCAUACCAUGGACAAGUGUGGAAUUUCUCCCACUCAAUCGCCGAUCUCUUGGAGCGACGUGCAUUUCCUGUACCAAUUGGUUCGCCAACUCUAUUUUGUCAAUGACUUUCCUCUCCUUGACUAACAAAUUGGGGAAUGAAACUAGCAUGCUAACAUUUGCGGCAAUUACGAUAUUGAGCUGGUUUUUCGUAUAUUUCUUCUAUCCCGAGGUCAAGGGAUUAUCACUGGAAGAAGUAGGGCGCGUUUUCGAAAAUGGUAUUGACGUAUAUUACGUCUACCGAACGUAUCACUCAUGA